AUGGCGUGGACGUGUAAGUUACAAGAUCUAAUUUCUAACACAUCUCUCCACUGCACGAAAUAUAACCGUGAACAAGAGUUCGCCCUAGGAGAAAACUCUCACAGGCCCGAUUACCUGGGUAAGUUUGCCGCCGCUGCCUCCAACGAUGGAUCUUCUCCGCCUUGGCUCCUUAGACCAGAUUUGAGUGGCUCGUCUCCUCCUCUUGAGACUUCACCACCAUCGUUCCUCUUCCUCCGCUGUUUCGCUUUCGUCGGUAAGUCCCUCUUCUAUACCUCUCAGAACUUAGACCUUGAAUCUAUGGCUACAUCUCUGAUCCUCGCUCUCUCGCCAUGGAGUCCGGUGAACCUAUCCCCGUCUUCUUCUUUCUCCGGCUUCCAUAUCCGGAGUUUUACACCGACGUCACCAAAUCCUCCCAAACCUCUGGUGCCCCCAGAUCUGUCGCCUGCUCCGCCGUCAUGGAUCUCUGCCUCGUCGGAUCUGGACUAUGCUCCUCAACUUUGUAUCAUCAGAGCUCCUUGUCUCCCAUUAGCACCAAAGCUUGUGUCUCCGGAUCUCGAGAUCUCCUCAAGCGAAAAUCCUUCAGCGAUAAUCAAUGUUCUAUAUUCUCCAAGCUACGCCUCUCCAACGACUCGACCCAACGGUACAGUGGCCCUCAUGGUUGCUCCGGUGGUCACCUCUUCGACAAAAGCUUCUUCAACGACAACAAAAGGAACACAAUUGUUGGUACACUCUUAUUACAUCUUCUAUAUCAUAGAGAGUACUCUUGCACUUGUUUGCUUCCCUUACAAGGAGAUUUACACUCCCCAACAUUCUUCCUCUAUGGAGAGACUCAUAUCCUCCUCAAUGGAAAAACCUUCAUCCUUUAAGGAGAGACCCACGGAAAGAUACCAUUCACCAAUCUUCUCCUCGAUGGAAUGUCUUUUACAAAGCUCUACCUCAAUGGCCAUAGUGCUAAAUGUGCGAGCAACAAUUGACGACGACGUGGUUUUGGGAAUCAAGAAGGCUAUCAUUUCAGUCUCGACAAUAAUGUGUUUUCGGAUUUGUGGAAUUGUGUCUCCCUACUUAUCUCAAAGGCUGCUACUAAAUAAAUCUAAGGCGAUUCAUGGAUUUCCUCUCGCGAUUCAGCUAUUUGCCUUUGAGGUGAUUCCGGAUCUGAAGCAGCUUAGACCAAAUCUUGAAGAUCAAAGUGUUUUUACGGAACGUUCCAUCCACAAUUUGUCAAAGAUUCGACCAAUCCACGCUGACAAGAUUAUGGAUUUAGAAAAAUCCAGAAAUGUACUUGUGGAUUCAAUUCUUCAUGCUGAUGACCCAGCUCCUGGAGAUUCUUUUCUGUGGAAAGAUGACGAUGUUGAUUCCUGUGUCGUGUACGUAGAAAAACUUCUAAAAGAUGGAUUUGAAUUCGAUGAUAAGAAUUGGCUUGGUGGUGAAGUCUCGUAUCCCUCAGAGCCUAAUAGAAGGAUGGGAAAGAAGUCUGUCCGGGAAGAGCGCAUUAAUGAAAGCGAUGAUGAUGAUGACUUUGUACAACCAUUCAAGAGAACUAAAGGAAUAAAAACAGUUGGGGAUUAUCGGGAGAAGCAGAGGACAUCAAAGAUUGACAAUGAUGUACGUGGAGAAGAGAAUGUUCUACAUGGGCACAGUUCAAGCUCUCAUCAAGCUCCGAGCAUUAUUGUUGAAUUAAGACAUGGUUUGUUGCUUCAAAGACAGCACACCGACAAUGCUACUGAGGGAUUGAAAACUUUUAUUGAGAAAAAGAUUAGCGAAGCUCUAACCAAUAUUAUGGACUUAUUUGAAGCUCCAUCUCCUAUUGUACAUCACUCAACCCGUAGGGCAAAAUCAAUGGUUACCAAUAGAAAUGGUCCUUCUCCCUCUGAAAUUCGGCCUUCUACGUCGGACACACACGUACAUAAACCUAAUGUCUCUGUUUUGCAACCAAUGGUGGAUGUACAACAACCGGUUGACGAUAUACACUUGAUGAAGGAGUCAAAUAAACAGCCACCCUCACCCUCUCUUGUCGCCGAGCUUCCUGAUCUUCCCAUACUUGAUGAUGAAACUAUACCUUUAAAUACCGAUGAAGUACCUCAUACCUCUGUUCUCAAUGUACGUACAUCUGAUGAGGAUACAGAUAAGUUACUAGUACAGAAAACAGCAGGAGUUGUAACAGAUGCAUCAUGUAAGGAGGCCCAAGUUGAAGAUGCUUAUAAGGAUAUGGACGUAGGUGAUGUACACCUAUCCUCUACUUUGAAUGUACGUACAACAGAGGAUAAGGAGGCUCAGCUACAAGAUGGUUUGCAACCAAGGGUGGAUGUACAACCACCUCAGGCUGUUAAUGUAAGUACAUCAGCAGAGCAUAAGGAAACUAAUCUACGAGAUGGCUCUCCUGGUGAUGUACGCACGUCAGCAAAGGGAAAGGAGACUGGUGAUGUACGGGUUUCCUCUCCUGUUAAUGUACGUACGUCAUCACCGGAUAAGGAGGCUGAGGUAGAAAAGGGUUAUAAAUUUAUUGAUGUUUUUGAUGUACGACAUUGCUCUCCUGUUGAUGAAUCAGUUGAAUAUGGUUCUAAGGUGCCGGUUGAAGAUAGUUUUAAGGUUGGCUCUAAAGAAGAGUCUGAAGACAAGUCCCCUACUCGCAUUAUAGAUAGUGUUCUUCAAAAUUUGAACUGCGGAGUUCUUGAUGGUGGAGAAGCAGUGAAAGAUGUUCAGCGCCAAGACAGUAGGAGGGAUUUUUCGAUAAGGAUUAGGAUUCCAACAGCAAAGAUGCAUGAAUAUAUUGCCACUGUGCAGAAACCGAAACCUGUUCCACCUAGAAGCUGCCAAUACAAUCCUUUUUGUGGCAUGAAUCUAGACUAUUUCUAUCAACUUAAUGAUGUCUUAGGAGUGGAGGAAAGUCAGGAGAGCUAA